AUGUCAAAAAUGAUACAGAUACUGUUAUUAGUUAUGUGUCUGGUGGCAACUAUUACUGGCCACAGAGAUCAUGGUAUGCAGAGUGUGUUGAAAGAAGAUUUGGAAUUGGAGAGGCAACUAAACAUCCUUAACAAGCCUCCUAUAAAGAGUAUUCAUACAAUGUCAGGAUAUAUAGUUGAUUGUGUUGAUAUUAACAAACAACCAGCUUUUGAUCAUCCUUUAUUAAAAAAUCACAAAUUACAGAAAAAACCAAUUUUUGAAAGAAACAUCAAUGAAAUUAGAGUUCAAAAUUUACCAAUCAAAUCGAUAUCCAUAUUUGAGAAAGUUAGAUGUCAAUCAAGUGCAGGUCAUUUAUAUUUUAAAAGAGGAAAAGAAGAUGAUAUUGAUAAAAUUUCGGUCGGAUGGCAUGUGUUUCCGGAAUUAUAUAAUGAUAAUCAAACACAUUUAUACUUAUUUUGGACAUCAGGUAAAAAUGGAUGCUUUAAUAUGCUAUGUAAGGGUUUCAUUCAAGUUGACAGAUCAUACAUUUUUGGUGCACGUGUAUCUAAAACAUCUACUUAUGGCGGAGAGAUAAUGGAAGUGGCACUUCAAAUUUCAAAGGAUAAUGUAGGCAAUUGGUGGUUAAAAGUGCUAAAUAAGGAUAUUGGAUACUUUCCUGCAGCUUUAUUCUCCUCAUUGAAAGGAGCUGAUCAAGUGGAAUUUGGUGGUUAUACUGUAACUCCUGCGGGUACUGAUAGCCCUACAAUGGGCUCCGGACACAAACCUGAUGGUGACUUCACUCAUGCAUCUUAUUUUAGGUUUGUAAAACAUUUGAAUAUAGUUCAAGAACCUGAUGAUCCUCUACCAUUUAUGGUAGAAAUAGACAAUGAUGCUCCUAAUUGCUAUGGAGUUACGAACUAUGAAGGCAAAAAAAGACAUAUGGGAUAUUCUCUUCAAUUUGGAGGACCGGGUGGUAAAUGUUAA